UAUACAUCUCGCCACACACCAACUUGCAUGUACCCAGAUCGAUAAUUAUAUAAUUAUUAUUAUUGACUAUUCCAAUACCAUCCAGUAGCGCCAGUAAAUACCACAAGUAAACCACAACGCAGCGCAACCAUGUCCCCCGUCGCUACCAAACAGUCACACCCCACCGGGUCGACCAAGAAGCUCUCGUCCGAGCAAGUCAUCCACUUGGAGCACGAACACUCGGCUCACAACUAUCACCCCUUGCCUGUCGUCUUUGAUCGUGCCCUUGGAGCCAAAGUAUGGGAUCCCGAGGGCAACGAGUACAUCGACAUGUUGUCGGCUUAUUCCGCUGUCAACCAAGGACACUGCCACCCAAGAUUGCUUCAAACCUUGAUCUCGCAAGCACACCUCUGCACCCUCUCCUCCCGAGCCUUCCACUCUUCUCACCUCGGCCCCUACGCCGAGAAGAUCACCAAGAUGUUCGGAUACGACAUGGUACUCCCCAUGAACACCGGCGUCGAGGCGGUCGAGACGGCUAUCAAGUUGGCGAGAAAGUGGGGGUACAUGAAGAAGGGGAUCGAGGAGGGCAAGGCUAGGGUCAUCAGCGUCGAUGGUAGCUUCCACGGGAGGAGUCUGGGAGCGAUCUCAUUGAGCACGGAUCCCGAGAGCAGGGAUGGAUUCGGACCAUUCGUUCCCGGUCUGGGUCCUAAAUGGGAAGGAGGUCUUGUCAGAUACAACCACCCCGAAGAUCUCGAAGCGUAUCUGGAACAGUACGGCCACGAGGUCGCUGGGUUCCUGGUCGAGCCGAUCCAGGGAGAAGCUGGUAUCUUCGUCCCGGAUGACGGUUACCUGACCAGGUGCCAGGAGAUCUGCAGACGACACAAUGUCCUCUUCAUGGUCGAUGAAAUUCAGACCGGGCUUGCGCGAACCGGCAAGAUGCUCUGUUCCGACUGGGACGGUGUUAAGCCAGAUAUCAUCACCCUCGGCAAAGCGCUUUCCGGCGGUAUCUACCCGGUUUCAGCUGUUCUUGCCAACAAGGAAGUCAUGCUAUGCAUCAAGCCUGGUGAACACGGAUCGACUUAUGGUGGAAACCCGCUCGGUUGCGCCGUGGCCAUGACCGCUCUUGACGUGCUUGUGGACGAGGGUCUGGUCGACAGGGCGCAGAGAUUGGGGGAGGUCUUCAGGUCGAAAGUCAGGGAGAUCGGAUCUCCGUUGAUCAAGGAGGUCAGGGGAAGGGGGUUGUUGAACGCCGUCGUCAUCGAUGAGACGAAGAGCAAGAAGGGGAGGUCGGCAUGGCAGUUGUGCUUGUUGAUGAAGAGUAAAGGACUUCUCGCCAAGCCGACUCAUGUCAACAUUAUCCGUUUCGCCCCGCCCCUCGUCAUUGAGGAAGAGGACCUCCUCAAGGCCAUCAAGCUUAUCGAGGAAUCCCUCGUUGAGAUCGAUACCCUCGACAAGAUCCCUGGGGACGACUCUGAGGAGAAGAACACGGUCAUCGGACUUGAGGACUGAGGGACGAUAUCUUGUCAGGUCCUUUUGUGUUCCUAGCAUGGUUACUAAGCGAGUCGGUUCAGCAUUGGGUCAAGGUGGAGAAAAAACAGGAAAAUCUAUAUACAGCAAGUUUUUUGUACGCAAUCAUAUCAGGAUUUCUCGGAUAUAGCAUAGGAUGUGGUUAUUGUUCGAUAUUA